CUUCUCCAAUCUUCCUCCUCGUCAUCGUCAUGAUGGACUGAUCUCUGCUUCCAAACCCAGACCUCACUCUCUCUCUGUCACUCACACACACACUCUCUCUCUCUCUCUCUCUCUAGUCUUUGCUCCUGAUUUCUUCUUUGGCAUUUGGUCGAAUGGAUUGCUUGCAUUCGCUGCACACCUCCGCUUCCUCCCAACUCCGUCGCCACAAGCAAUUCGGAUUCCUCCACCAUCAGCAUCAAUGCCUUGGAAGCCUUGCGGUGCCACCCUUCUUCGGCCAUAAGAGGAAUUUUCGUCCUCUCUGCCACCAAUCCAACGCUCGUCUGAUCCUUUGUAGUGCUGGUGUUUCCUCAGCUCAAUCCAUAGAAGAGGAGAAGGAAAGCAAGAUGAAGUCCAAGUCCAAGUCUGGGAAUGAGAAGGUUCGGCUUAAUGUUCGAUUGGAUCACCAAGUUGAAUUUGGUGAGAGUGUUGUGAUUUUGGGAUCGAUAAAGGAAUUGGGAUCAUGGAAGAAGAGGGUGCCUAUGAAUUGGACCGAGAGCGGAUGGGUAUGCAGCUUGGAGUUCAAAGGGGGUGAGUCUGUUGAGUAUAAGUUUUUGACUGUUAGGGCGGACAAGAGUGUGCUUUGGGAAGGUGGUGAUAACCGUGUCUUGAAACUUCCCAAAGGAGGAAAUUUUGGGAUUGUUAGUCAUUGGAAUGCAACAGGGGAGGCUGUGGAUUUGCUGCCUUUGGAGAAAGAGGAGGAUGUGGGAAAUAAUGGGUCAAUUGUUGAUACUGUUAGUACUCCAGAGGUGGGGACUAGUCCUUUUGUUGGUCAGUGGAAGGGGAAUGCUAUCUCAUUUAUGCGGUCGAAUGAGCAUGGAAACCGUGAAGCUGGAAGAAUAUGGGACACUUCAGGUCUUGAAGGUUUGGCUCUGAAAUUAGUUGAAGGUGAUCGAAAUGCAAGGAAUUGGUGGAGAAAGCUUGAAGUUGUACGCGAUCUACUCGUUGGAAGUUCACAAAGUGAGGACCGGUUGGAUGCUCUCAUAAAUUCUGCCAUUUAUUUGAAGUGGAUAAACACAGGCCAGAUUCCUUGCUUUGAAGAUGGAGGUCAUCAUCGACCAAACCGGCAUGCAGAGAUUUCCAGGGUUAUAUUUCGAGAACUGGAAAGAAUUUCCUGUAGGAAAGAUACUUCAACCCAGGAAGUACUGGUUGUCCGCAAAAUUCAUCCAUGUCUGCCAUCUUUCAAGGCAGAGUUUACUGCAUCUGUUCCCCUAACACGAAUAAGAGACAUUGCUCAUCGGAAUGAUAUCCCUCAUGACCUCAAGCAAGAAAUUAAGCAUACUAUACAAAACAAGCUUCACCGCAAUGCCGGCCCUGAAGAUCUAGUUGCUACAGAAGCAAUGCUUGCAAGAAUAACAAAGAACCCUGGAGAGUAUAAUGAAGCAUUUGUGGAGCAGUUCAAGAUAUUCCAUCAUGAACUCAAGGACUUCUUCAAUGCUGGAAGCCUCGCUGAACAACUUGAAUCCAUCAAAGACUCUAUCGAUGAUAAAGGCCAGUCAGCUCUUGCAUUGUUUUUGGAGUGCAAAAAGAGUUUGUAUACUUUAGAAGUAUCAAACAAAGGCUUGGGAAAGAAUGGCACGGAUCUGUUAUUCAAGACCAUGAAAUCUUUGAGUGACCUGAGAGAAAUAAUUGCCAAGGGUCUUGAAAGUGGCCUUAGAAAUGAUGCUCCUGAUACAGCAGUGGCUAUGCGUCAAAAGUGGCGUCUUUGCGAGAUUGGACUUGAGGACUAUUCAUUUAUUCUUUUAAGCAGAUUCCUUAAUGAGCUUGAUGCUUUGGGAGGGGCUCAUUGGCUGGCAGAAAACGUGAAAUCAAAGGAUGUAAGCCCUUGGAAUGAUCCACUUGGUGCACUUAUUGUCGGUAUUCAUCAGCUAAGGUUAUCUGGUUGGAAGCCUGAAGAAUGUGCUGCUAUUGAAAAUGAACUCCUUGCAUGGAAAGCAAGAGGUCUUUCUGAAAGGGAAGGAAGUGAAGAUGGCAAAAUAAUCUGGGGACUGAGGCAUAAAGCUACUCUUGAUAGAGCAAGGAGGCUAACUGAAGAAUAUUCUGAAGCACUUCUUCAAAUAUUUCCCCAAAACGUCCAGAUAUUAGGAAAAGCUUUUGGAAUCCCUGAGAACAGUGUAAGGACAUAUGCUGAAGCUGAGAUUCGCGCUGGUGUAAUAUUCCAGGUUUCAAAACUCUGCACCCUUCUUUUAAAAGCUGUUAGAACUAUCAUUGGUUCUCAAGGUUGGGAUGUUAUUGUGCCGGGAGCUGCUCUGGGAACAUUAGUUCAGGUUGAGAGGAUUGUCCCUGGGUCAAUACCAUCUACUGUGGAAGGACCAAUCAUUCUCAUGGUCAACAGAGCUGAUGGAGAUGAAGAGGUUACAGCUGCUGGGAGUAACAUUGUGGGAGUCAUACUUCUGCAAGAGCUUCCCCACUUAUCUCAUCUUGGUGUCAGAGCUCGACAAGAGAAGGUUGUGUUCGUGACAUGUGAAGAUGAUGACAAAGUUUCCGAUAUACAAAAACAUAAGGGAAAACAUGUUAGGUUAGAAGCAUCCCCUACAAGUGUUGAUAUAUAUCCUUCAUCAGAAAACAGCAAUGGCAGUUUUGCAGUGAAAAAUCUUUCAGGUGAUGCUGCACCCAAGAUUGAAGCCCUUGGCACCCAUGAUCCUUCCCAGUCUCCUACUAAAGCCCCAUACUUCCAGAAGGGUGUUUCUGGUGGAAUUUUACUACUUGCUGAUGCAGAAGCAGAGACUUCAGGCGCAAAGGCUGCGGCUUGUGGUCGUUUAGCUUCUUUGGCAGCAGUAUCUGACAAAGUUUAUAGUGACCAAGGGGUACCAGCUUCAUUUAAUGUCCCUGCGGGGGCAGUGAUACCAUUUGGCUCUAUGGAAUUGGCAUUAAAGCAAAGCAAAUCCACCGAUUUAUUCUCGUCCUUUCUAGAUAAGAUAGAAACACUGAAGCCGGAAGGUGGGGAACUUGACCAACUUUGCAGUCAGCUCCAGGAACUAGUCUCUUCCCUACAGCCCCCGAAAGACAUCAUUAAUGGCAUUGGGAGAAUAUUUCCAGGCAAUGCACGCCUAAUUGUUCGUUCAAGUGCUAACGUCGAGGACUUGGCUGGAAUGUCAGCAGCUGGAUUAUAUGACUCGAUACCCAAUGUAAGUGUUUCAAAUCCAACAGUUUUUGCAAAUGCUAUUAGCAGAGUGUGGGCUUCACUUUACACUCGGAGGGCAGUUUUGAGCCGUCGAUCUGCCGGUGUACCUCAGAAGGAAGCUACAAUGGCAAUUCUGGUGCAAGAAAUGCUUUCACCAGACUUAUCAUUUGUGCUUCAUACCGUCAGCCCAACGGACCAAGAUCAUAAUUCUGUUGAGGCUGAAAUUGCUUCUGGCCUUGGUGAAACUUUGGCUUCAGGCACUAGGGGCACACCUUGGCGUCUCUCGUCUGGGAAAUUUGAUGGGAAUGUGCGAACACUGGCAUUUGCGAAUUUCAGUGAGGAGCUACUUGGUACAGGCCCUGCUGAUGGGGAGGUUAUCCAUUUGACUGUAGACUACAGCAAGAAACCAUUAACUGUUGAUCCAAUUUUCCGUCAGCAGCUUGGUCAGCGCCUCAGUACAGUGGGAUUUUUCCUUGAGCAGAAGUUUGGCUGCCCUCAGGACAUAGAAGGAUGUGUUGUUGGCAAAGAUAUCUAUAUAGUCCAGACACGACCGCAGCCCCUAUAAAAUCUCUGUUUGUAACCUUACGAGCCAGGUAGCAUUGAUCUGGGUAGUAUUACCCGUGGUUCCAAAAACUGUGCCAUGUUUGGGUACUCAAUGUAGGCAGCUGCUGUAUGCAUGAUCUUCAGGAAACUCAGUGGAACGACUGUCUUGCAGUUGCCGAAUGUACUGGUAUAUAGAAAGUAUUGCAUUCAUAUGCUUGUUUGCUGAACAGUACGUCAGUGUUUGGCUUCUGUAUGCAUAUGGAUAUGAUAAGUAGACAACUUUCCGUAGGUUGAGGAAGGUUGAAAGGAUAUAAUCUGAAUAAUUCAUAGUUCUGAUGUCUUCUUGUAUGUUUGAUCACUUAUUGGGUUUCUGUAAUCAUAUGAUAACAUCAUUAUCAAAGCCAAGCAAAAUAAUGGUCCGUGCUUUAUAUAAAUAAUAAUUUGGAU